AUGAAGCUCGUGAUUUGCGGAGGGACUGGCUAUGUUGCCACAGAGCUGAUCCGUCAAGGCCUCGCGCUGCCCCAAAUUAGCAACUUGGUUGUCCUCUCCCGCCGACCCAUCACCGUGCCUGAUAGCCCAAACGCAGCAAAGUUGAAGCAGGUUCUGAUCGAGAAGUAUGAUGAAUACUCGGAAGAUGUAAAGAAGGAAUUAAGCGGCGCGAGUGGGUGCAUCUGGACCGUGGCCAUUACGCCAAGCAAAGCUUCUCGUUAUGACUUUGAGGUGGUGCGUAAUAUAUGCCACACCAGCACCAUGGCUUUCCUCAAUGCGUUCAUGGACACCAAACCGACCAGCAAGUUUCGUUUUCUUUAUAUGAGCGGUCUAGGUGUCGAGCGAGACCAGACCAAGAGGCCGCGGAUUUAUGCAGACUACAUGCUCAUGAGGGGCCAAACCGAGAGCGAAGUGGAGGCAUUUGCAAAGGAGCAUUCUAACAUUAUGGAAACUCAGAUUGUCAACCCACCCCUUAUUACAAGCACCGCUACCUUGCCACGGGCUGCUUUCUACGCUUUGUUAAAGGGGCUAAGUUUCGUAUUCUGGGGUCUGCAGUGGAUCACGGUACAGGAAAUCUCCGCUGGCAUGUUGUCACAAGUCGUCAAUGGGUUUGAGAAGGAAGUUCUUGGUCCGGACGACCUCACACGUAUUGGGCAUGAUGCUCUGUCCAAGGGAGAGGAGUAG